UAGUGAUUCGCGGCAGUUGCUUGUUUUUGGCCGGUCGUUUUAACCAAAAAGGCCCAAUGUGUUUAAAGUGAAAUAAAGUUUGAAAAGUGGACGAUAAUAAGAUUUGUGAAAAAUGUCAGAUUCGAAAUCCGAGGAUUUGUGGAACCCGUACAGGGAUCUAUACGAAACAGUAAACAAAUGUUUAACUGAUGAAAACAGAAACCCAGCGAUAUACAACGAGUUCGAGAAUGUGUUGAGAAGAAAUAAGCAGAGUUUCUUUUCACUGAUCAACAACCUUCCAAAAAAUGCAAAAAGCCGAGAGGAACUCAAGAAGGGCAUGGAGGAAGGGAUUUCUGUUAAAGGUAUUGGCCACCAAGUCCUCUCCAAAGAAUUAUAUCAGGAAACUAUCAUAAUAUCAGACAUGUUUGAUUUAAAUGAGUAUGUAGCAUUAGACCUAUUAUGCACUGCACAAAUCCAGAUGCCUUAUUAUCCAGAUCUUCCAAGAGGCCUUGUUGCCAUUGCCUUAUAUUAUGAUGGAAGAAAGUAUUUAGUGUCAACAUUGAGAAUGUUGAUUCAAGCCAGAAGUGGCAUCUCCUGGUGCAUCAAUAUGCCAAAACAAACACAAGUCUUCAUAGACAAUAUGAUGGAUCAAUUAUUUGAAAAUGGUCUAUUCAAUAAGAUAUUUGAUUUGCUCAACAAGUUGGAUUUAACUAAGGAAAUUGAUAUGUUGCAAUCGAAUUUAGCGCUGGGAGGUCCAAAACACAGGAAGCAAAUCACUGAUACAUACACAUCAAUUCGCGUCAUUCUAGCUGACUGCAUAUUCCUGUGGUCCAGACAAACUGGAUUAAACAAACAGACCACAGUGACUUUGAUCAAUCAUUUGAAAAAUGUAAAAUUGGAAGAGGAAGCAUCUGGUAAAUUGGAUAAAGUGAAUUUAUAUUUGAUCAUGGCCUUAUUGAAUGCAAUUGAUCUGAGCAUCUUGCAUUCCAGGGAAGAUGGAGAAGAAUUGGUCAAGAAGCUCCCAAUUUUAUCAGAAACAGAUUACAUCAAUACUAUUUUGAAUGAGUUAAUGCCGAAUAAAUCGAAAUGGGCGUGCGAGGGGCUGCAAGCUGUUGCAGUAUUUGCAUUUGCUGUGUGCUUAUCCUCGCUCAGGCUAGUUCCACAAGGACAGCAAUUGCAAAACGCGAUAGACUACGAGGAUGAAUUCGUCGAUUCCGCUAUAGUCUCCAAAGUGUUUGAAUUUAUAUGCCACACAAUAAUGGAAAACGAUUUGUUUUAUGAAGAGGAGAUGAUUUACAGAAGGAUGCAUUUCUUAUUCUGUGAUUUCAUUGUGCAGAUGUAUCCGAAAGUGAAGGAGCUUAGAAUAAAGGCCGAUGAAACUGCGAGAACGAUUCAGGCUUACGUCCAUGAAGGAAUGGAGCUUCCUGGGAUCAUUCCAAGAUACUUUGAAAAUCUGCUGCUGGCUAUAGCCAAGAUGUACGGAAAAGAUCCGCACAAUUUGAAACUCAUGCUGGAAUAUUGGUGUCCGACAGAUUCAACACAGAAUCAGUCACAUUAUCGUGCUCAUCCAAGAUCAGUGUCGCUGUUCAAGUUUGUUAGAUUAGCAGGAGACAUGCUUCCGCCCAGUUUGUUUGUCAGCUACUUAACCAUGCUGACCAGUUUAUCCAAUUGCCAACAGGCCGCACGGAAUUGUUUCAACAUGCUCAAGCAAACGUCAGGAUUCAAUAACAAUUUUACGUGGGAUCACUUCUUUAUGUCCUUCAAUCAAUAUUACUCCAAUUUGAAGCAAGACGCACCAUCUGGCAAUGAUACCGUGUACAGACAUAGCCGCAUGUAUCAUAAAGGAAUUACACCUCAGGAAAUUGAAGGAUUGCAUGCCGUUUUGAUGCUAAUGAAAGAAGUUGCAACUCAUGAUGACUUCUCACGUUUAGCGUUGUGCGAACAUCCAGGUUGGGCACCGUUGAGCGUUCUAUUAGGCUUAAUCAGUUGUUCCAUACCGAUUCCUUUGAAAGCAGAUUUAUUGGCUGUCUUGGCAGCUUUAUGCAAGUCUCCAGAAAUAGCAUCUCAGAUGUGGAACAAUUUGGAAGCGUCGCAGAUAUUAGUCACUAUUCCAACGACGUCCAGUUAUCAACCAAGAGGAAUUCAGACGGAAUUGGAUGAAGUGGAGUCUAGAAUUGAAGAGUAUCCGUUAACCCGAGCAUGGCUGGUAUUGAUGGAUGUAUUAACAGAUUCCGGAAUUCCAAGAACUUUGGGUGCAGGCCCUAGGCAGCCAGGAUUCGAUCCAUACCUAACGUUCAUGAUAAAUUCCGUUUUCUUAAAGUUCAAUUCGCGAAGUUACAAGAAUCAAACGGAGAAAUGGCAAGUCGCCGCGCUUUGCCUGAAAUUAUUUUCAAAGUUUUUAAGUCAAUAUGAACCAGCAGCUGGUGACUUCCCUAAUGUGAGUAAACCAAACGAAUGCAACUCUCCACCAGGAUUCCAUUUGAUGCUGCAACUGCAUACAAAAUCGGAAUUAUUGAACGCACUUCUUUAUAUUAUAAACGAGGGAAAUCGGUUGUACGAUAUGUGCAUUUCUUUUCCGGGAGAAAAGCAUAUUGGUGAAGCCACUUUGUACGUGUUCAAGAUUAUCGAGAGAUCGUUGAUUCUGCAGCCAACAUUUUUCCAACUACUGACCACAUCCAAUUACAAUGUGCUUUUGGUGAACAUGAACAAACUCCUGUUGACUAUUAAUCCGAGAAGCGGACGUCCUGACCACAUCCUGAAUAUUAUGAAGUAUUUGAGAUAUCAGGAUUGUGUGCCGGCUCAAAGUUUACUGGCUGUAAAAAUAUUGAUUUUGUUAACGAGUUCUGCAUUGACCCAUACACAGAUCAUGAACAUUUUGUUAUCGAACACCGACUUGGAUAAGACCAUUCGAAAUGGAUUCGUGGAUUGCUUGGAUCAGACUACCGAUGAGGAGAACGAGGCGAUUGCAUUGACGAAGAAAUCCAUUUUAUGUCUGCUGAAGCAAUGCUUAAACUAUAAUUCUCCCAAUUUGAGCCAUUUCCUAUUAGGAUUCGAUUUGCAGAAGAACGUAUCGAAGACUCAGUUCCAAUUACCAGGAGUGAUGAAAUUCCCGAGAACUUGUAUACAUUCUCUAUUAACGAUAUUGAGGCAAACCGUCUAUAAUGGAUAUGAGAGUGAUACGGCUUUGGUAGAAUCCGCCUAUCACAUGAUUUAUUGCCUGUGCUCUAACACAAAAACAGCCGAUCCAGUGCUGCGAUUCCUCCGAACUCAGCCCAAUUUCUUCAAAGAUCACAUCAAUUAUUGUGUCAGACAUUACAAUGAAGGAAUUCAUCAGCUUAACCAACUUUCGUGGAUCCUGAAAACGUUAGCAAUCGAACUGCGCAUUGCUUGUUGCACGAAGCAAAUUGUUCACCUGAAACAAUUGACCACUUUACUGGUCGGUUUACCGAAUGAUCAAAUCAUGCAAUCGGACUCGUACUCACUGAUCCAGAAGGUAAAUGAGUCCUCAAUGAGCAAUUAUUCGAUGUCCAUCGAUAGGCUGAAACAUGAUAACUUUUUGGUGAAAUUAAUCAAAGAUUUCGAUUUUAACGUACCUGAAGUUAUAGCGCCGCAAUGGGGAUUUUUCGAGCACAAUUCUUUGGAGAACUACUUGGCCUCCUGCCAAACAGAAGGAAGUCCGAAGUUGAUCGAUAUUAAACGAUUGCACAGGAAUUUAAUCGAGGAAAUCACAUCGGCCCAGGGAUCAACCGCUUUGGGUCAAAGACAAGCUAUGAUUGAUGAAAUACAAAAGGUGCUCCUGCACGCCGUGAAUAUCAACAACAAUAGGAAAACGGCUGUUGGUAUUGCCAAGUUUGUGGAUGGCUGGAGGCAAGUCGUUCAAGUUCUGAUCACAUACUUGCCUAACGAAAUUAUAUCAGCGAAGGAACAAGUACUGUUGCAGCUGUAUUUAUUGGAAAAUAUUCUGCAGAAAGCUGUUAAAGUUAUGCUGUUGCCGGAAGUGGCCAAGUAUCUAUCGAGUACAGUCGCUUUGUUAUUAGACAACUUGAGGAAAUGUCACAUAAGAGAAGAGAAGAUCGACAAUGCUUUGAGCAAAGAUUUUGAAAAGGACACGCACAAGAGUAUGCUAGAAUUGAAUAUAUCCUCGAUGAAAGGAAUAAUCUCUUAUAUAAUAGAGUGGAUCAUAGUGUCGGACAGCAAGUCGCAAAAGUUGCGGAUUAAUUUGUACGGAGCUCUAGCGAUAUUCUUGCAAUUGAUUAAUCUGGCGGAGAACAAGUCGGAAAGCAACGUGGAUGAUAGUAUGUACGUAAGCCGCCUGGACAGCUCGAAAUAUCGUAUCCAGGAUGAGAUCACUUCCAUACACGUGACAUCCAGCAUCCUCACAGUAUUCACGGAUAAGUUAAUCGAAGUUUUAUGCUACGAUUGCACAGGUGGUCACGAUAUUUGCAAGAUGCUCGCCAUGUCCUGUUUUGGCCUUCUGAUUGGACUCAACGGAAACGUUAGUUGGAUUUCAUAUGCUGCCGGAAGAGGAUACCUGAAGCACAUAGUGGAUGGUAUUUUGAAGAGUGAUUCAGAUUUGCGUGCGACACUGGAACCGUCUCCGGAGAAUAUAAAGGCAAUCUACAUAUACGAGGCCAAGAUGUCUUUUCUCCUAAGAAUUGCCACAACGAGAGUAGGAUCGGAAUUGUUGUUGGAGCAAAAAUUAUUAUCCGUUUUUGCAAGCAUGAAAGUUUUCGACUUCCAUCCAGAACUCAGCAAACAUCUGCAAACCGAUGAAAGCGAAAUAUUCGCUUUACCCGUGGAAACGAGAUAUUUGCAAAUAUGGGAGCCAACGUUGCAUUUGUGCAACGCAAUUCUGACGAGUUUAGGGACAGAGAAUAAAACUGCGGUGGUGCAAAUUAUGAACUUCAUGCUCAGCCAUCUGGAUGUGAUCGAGCUGGUACUCAGAUCAGGAAAUUGCUAUCUAAGCCUUGAAGGUUUGAAGGAGUUGUCCCUGUUAACGUCUAUUAUUGCGAGGACGGCGAACAACGAUUUAGUUAACGUGAUGGAUAUUAUGGAUACUCCGCAAGACAAUAGCGCACAUCUUCUCCGCAUACAGAAACUGAUGCUAAAUCUCAUCCCCAAAUUUGUGCUGAGCGAGAAUAAUCUUCGCGAGUUGCUCUGCGAUCCUUCGAACGAACAGGUCACCUACCAAACGUCGGAACGCCUUUCCAGAGCUUUGGAAAUCAAUGGUAAUCUGCAGAUAUACUCCAGAAGUAUAAUCAAGAACCACGGUAUCGAUCAUGGCAGUGUCGGCGUUGUCUUCCAGCCUAAUUUGAAUGAUGCACUUGUCGGUCUGAAUGGUAACCAGAGGAACAAAAAGUACGUUGAUCAUGUACCAUCGCUGGGUGUAGUCGUGCACAAUCUAUUGAAUACGGUAUCUUACUACCACAAGGAAAAAGCCACUUUGAACUUCUUGAUGAGGAAAAGGACUGAGAUACCAGAACUUGGAACAGUGGAUUUGAAGGAAUAUGCACCGCAGCACAGUUACGAUAUUUCUAUGUUGCGGGAAGAAGCACUGCAAUCGAUCGUCGAACGUUUGAACAUGAAGAAACACGACAUAGACCAUUGUUCCCUGAUUAUCGAACAUGGUCUUUACAUAAUUUGGGCGCAUUUAGAUUAUUAUAUGCUAAGGGCUAUUCCGAAAGCCAAUAACUAUGGUUUACAUAUAUCCAGCAGCUUCAACAUGGACUCAACUUUGGCCUCAGCCUCAGAAGCCGUUUGGAAAGUCUCCACAGAUGACAUAAGCAACUUAAAACAAGGACUAGUGUCCAUCUUCAACGACAGUUUCUGCCGUCAAUUAAUUGAAACCUCUCGGGGUCGUUCGGAAUCGGAUAUUGGUCUAUUGGAAGUGCUUCUGAGAAAAAUCAAGAGACUCAUUCAGUUUGUUCCAGUGAAAUGAGAAAUAAUUUUGUAAAUGUUAUUUUUAACU